AUGAUGGUCUCUUAUUUGGCAUGGCUCUACUUGGACCAGCGCACUCCAGAGCAAGGAGGUAGGAGGUUCAGCUGGGUCAAAAGCUGGAUUAAUUGGUUGUACUUACACUAUUUUCCAGUUCAUCUCAUCCAAACCCAGGAUCUGGAUCCAAGAUGCAACUAUAUAUUUGGAUUUCCUCCCCAUGGAAUAUGUGUGUCUGUAGCCUUUGCAAAUUUUUGUACAAAUUACUCAGGCUUGAAGGAUCUGAUUUCGGGCUUUACUGUAUAUCUUUACAUGCUCCCAUUUUGUCUCCAGUGGCCUAUAUUUCAAGAAUAUUUAAUGGGUAGUGGUAGUGUGGAUGUAUUAUUCUCUGUCUUUGCAUCCGGACACCCAAUCCCUAUUCAUCAGACUCUGCAUCUGACCCCCAAGGAUGUGGAAUUGCUGUAGCAGACCGACAGGGAGGGGCUCGGGAAAUUAUCUGAUGAACACAAAGGCAAGUAUGGGAUUCCAGAACAUGAAACUCUCAUUGUGAAAUGACUUUAGUCCUCCCAAGUGUAAAGGAGAGCAGAGAAGAUCCUUUUGAGGGAAUAAAUAUUUUAAAGAAGUUUCGUUUUUACCCCCUUUGGAUUAUAGAUUCAAAUAUGCCACUGCCAAGUAUUAUUUAUGGUGACAGAUGUUGAUGUUUUAUUAUAACAAAUAAAAACACCAUGGCUUGGAGAUGACU